AUGGAUUUUGAAAUAUUUACGAAAUAUCCUGCGGGGUUGCACGGCGUGGUGCGCUUGAAGAGAAAUAGGUUGAGUUUUUGUGAUUCCUACAAUCAAUUAAUCUCAACUCGUACACCAAAUAAACAAACUCAAAGAUCUCAUCUUUAUAAACGGUGCUUUCAAUUUCUCAGGGCCAUCGACAUCAGCAUGUGUAUGAAAAUGAACUGGCUGCGAAUUAACUGA